UAUAUCAUACUCCCACCUUCUCUCUCUACUAAUUAAUUUGUUCUUCAUCAUGGUUUCUGCAGAUUUAGCUCAAACAGCAUUCGGUAUCAUCGGAAAUGUGACUGCUCUCGUCUUGUUUUUAUCUCCUGUGCCAACAUUUAUACAAAUAGUGAAAAAAGGAGCGGUUGAGCAAUUCUCUCCUGUGCCAUACUUAGUCACAUUUGUGAACUGUGGGAUAUGGGUGUUGUAUGGACUUCCAAUGGUCCAUCCUCACAGCUUGUUGCUGGUCACGGUCAACGCGGCAGGCUUCUUGAUCGAGACCAUAUACUUGCUCCUCUUUCUAAUCUACUCCAACCGCAAGCAGAGAAUCAAGGUACAGCUCAUAAUGCUCGCGGAACUAGUGUUCCUGACCAUUCUAUCACUCCUGGCCUUGACCGUCGCUCACACCACCAAGGUCCGGUCCGAUAUUGUUGGUCCCAUUGCCAUUGUUGGGAAUAUUAUGAUGUAUGCAGCUCCUUUAUCUGUUAUGAAACUUGUGAUAACAACCAAAAGCGUGGAAUUUAUGCCAUUUUUCUUGUCGUUAUUUUCGUUACUCAACGGCGUAAGCUGGACAGUUUACGCGCUCAUUCGCUUUGAUCCCUACAUUGUUAUACCUAAUGGGCUUGGAUCACUAUUGGGGGCAGCCCAGUUGAUACUCUAUGCUACCUUUUACCAGUCAACAAAACGACAAUUGGCUGAGAGGAAGGCAACUAAUGAGAUGGGCUUAGAUGAGAUGGGCCAAUCUGUUGGACCCGCAAAGGGUCCAUGAUAAAUAUCCAUAGAAAAUUUGAUGCAAUAUUUUGCAUGUACAUGUAGCAAUUGCAGUGUAGCACUACCGGUUCAAGUUAUGAAAAGAAACUUAAAAACGACAUUGUUGACUUGUAGCUUUAAGAUAGCUUCGGUUAGAAACAUAUGUUUUCCAUUUGUCUCAAA